AUGCCGACUACACAGAUCCGCCAUUUUUUUUUCCUAAGGGUAUUAAAGCCAUCACUUCGUGACAUAUUCCAUUUUUUUUCAUUCGUUCCUUUUUUUUCCUUUGAUUUUUGUUAUAUCUUUAAUUCGUUCUGCUUUUUAUUCUUUCUUUGUUCUUUUAUACACUUUUUCGUUUUUCUUUUUCCAGUUCCUGUAAUUUUUUUUCACGUAUAUCUUUUGUUGUUUCAUUCUUUCUUUAUGACUUUCUUCAAUCAUUUUGCUUUUCUUCUUAUUCUUGCAUUUUUAUCUGGCGUAAUUUCAUUUGUUUUUACUCUUUUGUAUUUCUUUCAUUCGUUUCGUUUUAUUUUAGUUUUUUUUCUUAACAUAAUCUUUCAUUCAAAAGUUUGCUUUCGAUCUUUAAUAUCAUUCACUCGCUCUUUCUUUUUUCUUUUCUUUCUUUCUUUCCCUCGCUCUUUCUUUACUUUCUUUCUUUUCUUUCUUUCUUUGUUUCUUUCUUUCACUCGCUCUUUCUUUUCUUCCUUUCUUUUCUUUCUUUCUUUCUUUCUUUCUUUCAUUCAAUCGCUCUUUCUUUUUUUCUUUCUUUCAUUCAAUCGCUCUUUCUUUUUUUCUUUCUUUCUUUCACUCGCUCUUUCUUUUUCUUUUCUUUCUUUCACUUGCUCUUUCUUUACUUUCUUUUUUUUCUUUCACUCGCUCUUUCUUUACUUUCUUUCUUUGUUUCUUUCCUUCACUAGAUCUUUCUUUUCUUCCUUUCUUUUCUUUCUUUCUUUCUUUCAUUCAUUCAAUCGCUCUUUCUUUUCUUUCUUUUUUUUCUUUCACUCGCUCUUUCUUUUCUUUCUUUCUUUGUUUCUUUCUUUCACUAGCUCUUUCUUUUUUCUUCCUUUUCUUUUCUUUCUUUUUCUUUUCUUUCUUUCAAUUCUUUCAAUCUUUCUUUCUUUUCUUUUCUUUUUUUCUUUUCUUUCUUUCUUUCUUUUCUUUCACUCGCUCUUUCUUUUCUUUCUUUCUUUGUUUCUUUCUUUCACUAGCUCUUUCUUUUCUUUCUUUCUUUCUUUCUUUCUUUCACUCGCUCUUUUCUUUCUUUCUUUUUUUCACUCGCUCUUUCUUUUUUUUCUUUCUUUUUUCCUUUUUAUUUCUUUCUUUCUUUUUUUCUUUCUUUCAUUCUUUCUUUUACAACUGUGUCUAUUUUUUGUUACUGCAUUCAUAUCAUUGAUGUUAAUCAGUCGUUUUUGUUUUCCAUUGGUUUCCAUUUCCAUGGAUUUAUUCUUCACAUUAUAUUUCUUUCUCUCAAACACUUUCUUUCGCUCCUUAUAUCUUUCUUUCUUUCUUUCUUUUUCUUUUGUUUCUUCUACCAUUCUUUCGUUCUUUUCUUACUUUUUUUCUUUCAUUCUUCCCUCUCUUUCUGACAUUCCAUUUAUUCUUUCUGUUUUUCCUUUUCUUUCCAUCUCAUUUUCUUUAUUUUUCUUUCUGUCUCUCUUUCUUUCGGUCUUUAUUUCCUUCUCUUUAUUUCUGUCUUUUAGUCUUUCUCUUUAUUCUUUCCAUUCCAUCUCUGUUUACUUUCUUUCUUUCUUUUGGUCAUCUUUCAUUACUUUCUUUCUGGCUUUCCGUCUUUUCUUUUCCUUCCAUCUCCUCUGCUUUCUUUUCUGUCUGCAUUUCUUUCUUUCUUUCUUUCUUUUUUUCUUUCUUUCUUUCUUUCUGUCUGCAUUUCUUCUCUUUCUUUCUUUCUUUCUUUCUUUCUUUUUUUCUUUCUUUCUUUCUCAUUUCUGUUUUUUUUUGUCGGUUUUUCUUUCUUUUCUGUUUUAUCUAUUUUUAGUCUUUUUCUUUUAA